AUGUUUUCCCGCGUGCUCCCUGCAUGGGGACGCUGUCAGUGGACAGCAGGAAUAGCGCCACGCUCAAUACCUUUACAAAAGGGCAUAUUCCCCGUUGAGAGGCGAUUUUUCUCCGCCAAUUCCUUCCUUCAUGCACGGCAACAUGCAUCGGCCGCGCCUUUCAGCACACCCCAAUCGCAAAAACGCAAUGCAUCCACUAUGUACUAUACCAUCAGUCUCAUUCUCGGAACCGUUGCUCUGGCCUACGGGUCCGUCCCUCUCUACAAAAUGGUACGCUUAGACAGACACCAAUCAACCCCAGCACCACUACCCGACACUAACCCAUUCCUCGUGAAUCCACAGAUCUGCCAACAAACGGGCUGGGGUGGUCAACCGAUCCUCACCCACCGCGGCGGCGACGGCGACACCGCCUCACGCGUCACACCACAGCGCGAAGUCCGCGUGCUGCCCGGCGAGACCGCGCUGGCCUUCUACACGGCGACCAACAAGAGUCCCCAGGAUAUCAUCGGAGUUGCGACGUACAGCGUCACACCCGGCCAGGUCGCGCCGUAUUUUAGUAAGAUCCAGUGCUUCUGCUUUGAGGAGCAGAAGCUUAAUGCCGGCGAGUCCGUCGACAUGCCGGUUUUCUUCUUUAUUGAUCCUGAUUUCGCGACGGAUCCCAAUAUGAAGGGGAUUGAUACCAUUACGCUUUCUUAUACCUUUUUCAAAGCGAAAUAUGACGACAAUGGUGUUCUGAAACCAGUCCCUGGUGCCUGA